GCAGGUGUGCUGCGUCCCUUUUAGUUAAGAAAAGCCUAAUUGGCGUUUUUUAAAUACGCUUUUAAAUCAAUUCAGAUUUUUGAAGCAGGCUGCUCGGUAGAAAGUUAACCCUGACUGCGCGACAGAAGGCUGAAAAAAACACUUUGACCAUUCGACAGCAUCAUUGUCUUCCUGAAGCUUCCGAAGGCCCUUGUGACGCGAAGAGUAUUAUAUAACGUGAAUUCCAUGCAAAACAUGCUUAGGAAACAAGUGUCAGCCGUCUAACCACAAGGACCUUGUGCGAGACGUAAUAUGAGCCAAAUUAGGUCUCAGGCGAAUGUCUUCAGAGCCAGACUUGGCGAGUCGCUUUAUACUCUGACAAAUGAAUUCCUCCUCACCGACCCAAACAUGCACAUAAUGCAGCCCAGCUACAACAGGUUCCAUGACCCACACACUCGCAGGUACUUUCACCGGAAGGACCUGCGAAACAAGUUACAGAAGGAUAACUUCAUUACAGAAGACAAUGAGGUGACAUGCACUCUGAAGGAGUACAGAUUACAUCAGAUGUACCUUGAAAACCUCAAGCGUGCCUCAGACCAAACCAUGAAUGAGAUACAGAGGGACCAGCUGCGGAAAUUCCUGACGUGUCGGGAGGAAGGGCGGAUUCCCAGCGACGUGACCCUGGCGGAGAUGAGGGAGAUCCUGCUCGACGAGGAAGUGCAGGGCCUGCGGCAGCAGCUUCAGGCCAGCUUGGACUGGGGGAAAAUGAUUAAGAGACUACCGGACAGGGAGCAAGAGUAUUUCAAGGAGAUGAACCUGCUGAAUUGGAAGGCGGGGGAGCGGGCGCGGCUCAGAAGGAUUGAGAGAGAGGUGAGGCACGAGUGGAACCGGGAGAGGCAGCUGAAAGAGGCCCAGCAGAAGAGAUCCCAAAAGAAAAUCAGUACACUGGUGCGCAAAUGUGCCAAGCAGAACAAGGCACUGCUGGAGAAUAUAAAAACCGCGGAGGACUUGGCAAAGGACGAGCUGAGCAAAAACAAGCCCGCUAAACAAAAUUCUGUCGCCAAGGGAGGAUCACCAUCGACUGGGAUCACACGAGCAGCGCCCAGUUCUGUGGCCAGACCCAGGAAACCACAAUGGGGCUUUCGGUCUGGAAACGACUGAACGACUGAAAAGCAAUCUACUUUACUGAGUCAGGCCCAAAGUUACAGCAUCUAUUUUUUUUUUUUGUGAAUAAAUGUUCAAUGGUAAUUUUACAUAAUAAAUGAAUGAUAUCCAAAAGAUAUUACAGAAGCAUGAAAGGGGCACGGCUUAGGUGCACCAUAGACUGCAGGACCACAUGUUUGAAUUAGCUGAUGGAGAACCUGUGUUCAGUGGCAUUAAGCCAGUCAACAUAUCGAAAGACCCUAAUCAAGUUCCAUCAAAGCAGGGCAAAACUUACAUAAAUGUCAUUAGUCAGUGACCAGGAUGGUGUCGGAGAGAAGGUAGGCAGCAGGAAUUUUAGGGUGUUGAUUUGCAGCAUUUGUUGUAAUAUUGCAGUAUGUACAAUGUCUUUUCCAUAUCAUGUCAUGUCAAAUCCUAGACUGCCCAUGUAACGACACAAAAUACCUGAGCUCUUGCCCACCACUGGCAGUCAGGAUUGAUGUCAUCAAUAUGCUAUACAUUUUGCAAACCAUGUUUGAGUGCAAUGAAUAAAGUAGUUUUCACUGUAAAA